GGAUAUUCGUGUCAUGUAUCUCUCUUCAAACUGACAUGGCAGAUGUGGGAGGUGUAAAUGAUGCGUUGCAGCCAGAUCGGCCGCGCAAAAGGCGCCGUCGCACGAUGGCCUGCACGCAAUGCCGUAGUCGCAAACUGCGCUGCGAUCGCGAAUAUCCAACGUGCACCCGUUGCUUGAAGAGCCGAACCCCGACCAAAUGCACCUACGAGGAUGGCUUCUUGUGGCAGCAGCCCACCACCGUCACCGCGGCACCUUUUACUGCGGAUCAAGGAAAUGGACAGUCGAUCAUCUCCAUGCCUCCCCGGACGGAGCAGACGGAGUUUAUUAGUAUUGAGACUCCCCCAGACUCGGGGAUCGGAGCAGCGUCGACUCGGUCGGAAGCUCUCGUUUCGACUAUUGCGCCCGAUUCGGGCUCAACUUCUCGUCCAGAGUGUGGACCGCACCACCGGGGACGGCAUUUGGGGAAGGAGAGGGGCUUCCUGGAGACAGUUUUGGGAGCCCCCAAAGCUGCCGUGAAUCAAGAACCCUAUGUGAAUACGGGCCUUUUGCAGCGGCCGAAACGCCCCGUGCCGGAAGAGGCGACCCCUUUUUUCUCGUCGCAGAUGAACCGGGGAGAUGGUGGUAAUGAGGAGGUGGAUGUACUCUCUCCAUCGCAUCAAUUGGAUCUUGCCCCUCGCAUGAUGAUGAGGGGUCGUGAGACCAAGACUCGGUUUAGUGGGUCGGGUAUCUUUGCCAAUGUGGUUGCUCAGUUUCCUGACAUCAGAGCUUUUGCUGAAGAGAUUCGUCUGGCUAACCCAAUCCUCUCACGGGUGCGACCCGACCUAGAGCGGGUGAAACGAGGACUAUGGAAACGGAAGCCGCUCAAUGAGCCCUUUCCCGAACCCACGCUCACUUCUCUGAUCUCCCUACUGCCGGCACGGCCAGUAGUGGACGAGCUGAUCGGAGUAUACUUAACAUACAUCGAGUCCACACACCGCAUCUUCCAUGUCCCCACCUUUCUUCAGGAGGUGGACGAAUUCUGGAGGAUAAUGGAUAAUCCUGGUGCUGUUUCGGCUGGCUUUGUCGUGCAACUGCUCUUGGUAUUGGCCUGUGCUUGGAAUUUGGCCGAUGUGGCUAUUCUUCAAGAGAAGAGCGCUACUCCACUGAAAUGCUAUACGGCAAUGGAAUGGGUAUUGCAUGCAGAAAAGUGGAUCGAUAAUGCACAUAUCAAGCGGCUUGAUCUUACUUCGCUACGGCUCUACAUUCUGCUGAUCAUGGCGCAAAAUUGCUUUGGCAUGAAACGCAGUAAGGCAUGGCUUGCGAGUAGCACAUUGGUUAAGCAGGCAAUGCUCUCUGGCUAUCAUCGGGAUCCGGAUAAAUACGCUCGAAUCUCGAUCUUUAACAAAGAGAUGCGCAGGCGCAUCUGGAUGACCAUUGUAGAGCUGGAUUUGCAAGUGGCUAUUGACCGAGGCAUGCCACCAUCGGUCCAAACUUUAGAUUACGAUACACUGCCUCCUAUCAACAUCGACGACGACGAAAUCCAUGAAGGCUCCACCGAAACCCCAGCAGACCGACCAUUGAGCGAGAUCACAGAUUCAUCCUUUCAGUGUGCGUUGAGUCGGUCUCUUGCGCUCCGACUCAAGGCCUGCCACUUGAUGCACUCGCCUCGGGUCAGUUGUCGCUACGAAGAGAUUCAGCGCCUAGAUUGGGAAUUGAAUCGACAGCUUUCCCGGAUCCCUCAAUGGACCACGAAUGAUGUCAAUGACAUUGUUGCUCAGCACAAGAUUACCCUAUGGAAAGCUACCAUCGAGACGAAAUUGGCACAAAGCUUGCUCUCCAUUCACACCCCGUUCGCUAUCGAAUCAAGGAGGGAACCGCUGUUCUCACUCUCGGCACGAUCUCGUCUGGAUGCAGCAACCAUGAUCCUCUCGACGCAGAAGCGGCUUCACGAAACCUCACAGUCAUUGUCACUAUGUAUGCUUGGUGAAUGGACUCUGCAGGCGUACAUCUCCAUGUGCCAGGUGCUGCAUACCUCGGAUCAUCAAAACUCUCACUAUUCUCAUCCUUCAUCCUCCGUCUUCCUCCUGCAUACUAUACCCGGUCUCCCAGACUCGCUUCUUUCCCUCGUUGAGACAGUCCUGGUCUCCCUUGAAGUUCGAUUCAUGUUAGUGGUCAAGGGAGCCAAAGACUAUUUCUUCCUCUCCACAAUCGUAGCCCUGGUCAAAGCCAAAAUCUGGCCUACCCAGGCAGCCAUGUACAAGCAGCAAGUAGUCGAGCGUAUUCUUUCAUUUGCGCAGACGCUCUUCACCCGUCAUGCGAAUUGUGAGCACCUGGGUAAACCGGGGAUGGGCAGUUUCCAAAAUAAUCAGGUCGCCUCGUUCAUUGCGACUCCCGGCAUGGCCCCGGUGCUACCCUCUGACAUUGAUGGCAUCCGCCCGCCGCCAAAUCUUGGUAUUAAGCCACCUGGCGAUUUUGAUCCUUUCUUGGAUGUCUUUGACUGGGAGGACUUGACGGGUAUUGCCCUGUACAGCUAGAUAGCUCAGACGGUUGAUAAGUGUACGAGGGGGGUUCUUGCAUAUUUUGAAUCUAUCGAGGGCAUGAAUAUUGCCACAUCACAAUAUCAUCUAGAGCACUGUGUAUCCCAUGACUUCAUCACAUGGGAAUGCUCCAUCUCCUGAAAAUGACGCGGCAUCAAAAUAGUCCCGUUCUACUCUCAGAGUCGAUAUUGUGUAUCUCCAGCCAUUACCACAUACAUCCUACACUCACCUUUCGUGGAGAAUCGUACUGAGAUCACACGAUGUAAGUCACGAUGAAAUCAUGGCCCGCGACGAUCCGCUUCUGCCCUGCAAGGGCCAUGAUGACUAUACACCGGGUUGCUCUCGGAAAUGAAUCCACAGAUAAACCGAAC